AAAUGGCAUUUACCGGCAUACAAACUAGAGUUUGCUGCAUUUACACAAGUCAAUUUAAUCUGAACAUUUUUAACGGGUUGUUUUGGGCAUCGCCCAAAUCAACCCAUCAACAAAAUACAUAUUGCCCAAGUCGUUAAAUUUUGGACGAAUUGGACGUGAUAUAUAUUUUUGCAUCAAUUUUGCCAUCAUGUCCCCGAUGAUUCAAGAUGAAGAGAAAACAAUGUACCUUCAGAACUUAACAAGUUAAGGACAAGAAGUUUUGCUGUGCUAUUUCUCUUUCAGCUCAGUUCCUUCUCUUCAUCAACACAAUUUUGUAACAUUAGCAACAUAGGAGUACUUAACAUCAUGAGUAGCAAGAUGGUACAAACCACGCAGAAGCUGAUUGUUCACGUGGCAAUUUUCAUUUUCGCUCUUCUACCAUUAGUCAGUGCAACUCAAAAGCACACGAAAAAGAUUGUUCACAAAUGCAACGACCACAAAGUCCUUGAGUUAAGUCCAAAGCUGUCAUUUCAAAUUAUUCUACAUGGAUUUCUCCUCUGGGCUUCCAUGGGUUUCUUGAUGCCUAUGGCGAUUCUUGUAAUAAGAAUGUCGAAUAAAGAGGAAAACGGAAGAAGGCUAAAGAUGAUUGUGUAUACUCAUGCAGCUUUACAGAUAGUAUCUGUUCUCCUUGUAGCAGUAGCAACAAUCAUGUCAGUAAUAAACUUUGAGAACUUUUUUGACAAUACUCACCAAAGAGUUGGCUUAGCUCUAUAUGUUGCCACAUGGCUACCAUUAGUAGCCGGGAUUUUUCGGCCUGACAAGGGAAGCAAAAAUCGGGGUAAAUGGUAUGCCUUUCACUGGCUUAUCGGAGUCACAGUUACUUUACUGGGAAUCGUCAACGUAUAUAUAGGUUUACAGGCCUAUAACAAAAAAACAAUGAAAAGCACAAGUAUUUGGAACUGGCUUUUCAGUGCUGAGGUCGGGGUUAUCGUGUUGAUCUAUCUGCUCCAAGAAAAAUGGCACUAUAUAAAGCAAUCAGAAGGGAUUUUAGGCAAUGAAUCAGUACGACCAACGGAUCAAGAAUCAUCUCCAACUCAGAAAAAGGAACUCUCACCCUCAUCAGAGCCAUGUUAAGACUUCAGAUAAACAAAUAAUUUUGCCUUUUACUAACAUAAAUUUUCUUCAUUUUUUUCUUUUACUAACUUUUAAAUUCUUUACAAUUUUGUUAUUAUUUUUUAAUAAGGUCUUAGUUUGUUACAAUUGCACAAACAAAUAUUAGAGAUUUGUGUAGAACUAUCAAUGUAGACCAUCAUAUACAGACAAUAAUAUUAUAGUA